AUGGCGGAACCCAGCAAUCUUGGACGAGCCAGCUUACUGAGCACACCUUCCCCAAAGCGGACGAGUUUUGCUGUGGGCGAUCACAGACCAUGCAGCGCCGUCCUCAACAACCAGUUCUUCAAGCAAGGCCUUGGCGUUGCUCUCGCGGUUGCAUUGUUUGGAGGGCCUCUCUUCGCGCUGGCGGAUAUUCCAGAUGAUCCUGGGUUGGUUAUUCUGGAUGUUAGCAUGGUUCUAGCCAGUUUGAUGUUUUGCAUUGAGCUGGUGGUGAACUGGGUGGCCAUUCCGUCGUACCGUUGUUCCUUCUUUUUCCUCAUGGAUGUCUUGGGGACGCUCUCCAUGGUCUUUGAGAUCUCCUUUCUGCUGGGCGGUGGGGCGGUGCGCGCCGUCUUGCUGCGCUCCGCGCGUGCGGCGAAGCUCGGAGCCCGCGCCGGGCGGAUCUUCAAAUUGGUGAUGUGCUAUUCCUUGCUGAUCAAAGGGCCUGAAGGUGCAGAUGGGAAGCCUCGCUUCGAGGCCAAAGUCUUGGCCCAGCGGCUCACCACUUCCAUUGCCACCAGAGUUGCCAUGCUCACCAUUUUUCUGGUGGCCUUCGUUCCGUUGCUUGAUCUCCCCAUUUUCCCUCGCCAAGAUCGUUCAUUGGAGCUGUGGGCCCGGAAUCUGGAAGAGGUUUUCGCAGCAGAGAACACUACGAAGCUAUCCGCAGAGAUGAAUAGCAUGGUCCUGUUCUAUGAGAACAGCGACUAUGCGCCCUAUGCCGUGGAUGGCUGGGGUUUGUCGCUUACGACUUCGGUGUCUGAACCGGUUCGUCGGCAAAACCGCAUCAUCAUCGAAGUGGACGACUGCUUGACGGAGCGCACCGCCUGUCAAGGCAGCGAGAGAGCCACCAUCUAUUUCAACUUCACAGGGGCCAACCAGAUGGGAGCCCUGAUGGAGAUCGGCCUGGUGUUGGUCAUUGUGGGUAUCAUGAUCGCCAUGACACACGACCUGGGAAGCAUCCUCACGAUGACCAUGGUGAGACCACUGGAGAAGAUGUUUGGCAUGCUGCUGCAGCAGGCACAGCAGUUGAUCGACAUCGUGGCUAGUGAGGAGGAUGAGGAUGAGGAUGAGGAAGCGAGGGCUUCCGAACUAGAGACCAUCGAGAGGACCUUGGCAAAGCUCUCUCGCAUUGCUGGCCAGGCCUUGAACAAAAAUGUCAUCAGCAAAGAAGAGAUGGCGAAGAAAAGCGAGUAUGAGAAGGCUGUCCUGGUGGACAUUUUGCGCACGGAGGUGAGGGGAGAGACACUUGCCCCGAUGUUGGAAAGGAGGUCCCUGGGAGCUGAACACAUAGAAAUGGAAAAGCGGCUGCAAUCAUGGGAGUUUGACACCCUCUCAUUGGAUGACAGCGGGCAAGAAAGCAUGGUAAUGCACAUCUUCUUUCACUCGGACUUUGGCGUGGCCAGUGGCUUCUGUGAUGCCGCGACCUUCAAGGCCUUUUACGAUGCCGUGAAGCCGAAUUACAAGGACGUGCCUUACCACUGCUUCGCACACGCCUGUGAUGUCCUGCACACCGUUUUCCGGCUCUCGAGCCUUUCCAUGGGCUCCUAUUGGAUGAGGGAGGUGGACCAGUACUCUUUGCUUAUCGCAGCCCUUUGCCAUGACAUGGGUCAUUUUGGAAAGACCAAUCCGUUCUUGGUGGAGUCGAAACAUGAACUGGCCAUCACCUACAACGACAAGUCGCCCCUAGAGAACAUGCAUUGUGCCAAACUGCGGGAAGCUUAG